AAAACAUGUGGAAAAUAAAAAAUAAAAAGAAAUGAGAAAAUAGCUUCGUUUGGAAAUAUGCCAAACUGGAGAGUUUCUGUGCUUUCUUUGCUUAUCCUCUUCCUUCUUCUUUAACUGAAGAGAAAAACAGAGUAACAAUUUUAGCUAAGAAACGACGUCGUUUUCUGAACUUUCAUCACUAAAUUCUCUCCACAGUACCAAUGGCUAUGAGCGGUUUGAUUUCUAACCGCAAUUUUGGUUCCUUCGUUACCUCAGGAAAUUCGUAUAGAUCACAAAAGGAUUUGUCACUUCAAAGAGGGGGGAUUUCUGUUUCGGGUGCACCGGUUACACAAUAUGGUGGCUGGAUUGUGAAGGUUCCUCUUUCAAGAUGCCAGAAUGCAAUGCAUUCUCAUAUUGUUUCUUCUUUGGAAGAGAGACUUUCAAAACAAAUACAAACAUUCGAUAACAAAAGGGAGAUUUUUUCUCCAUUAUCCCGACAAUCCAGCUGCUGCUCAAACUUCAAAUUAAAAGCUUGCAAAAGAAGACAUUCUUACCUUUCUUCAGCUCCCUUUAGCAGUAGCUAUAUCGAACAAUUUGGUUUGAGCAAAAGAAAGCACCGACAGCCUGAGGUUGGUAAAGCAAAUAAGUUUCGUCUUUGUUACAAGUCUGAGGAGUAUGAAUUUGCAGAACCAAAUAUAGAUAAGCUGAAAUCAACUGAAGUGACCGGUGAAGCCAUUCUUUUGGAAGGAAAUCUGCAUCAAAUAUCUCCAUGGUGGCAGCAGUUUCCUAAGCGUUGGGUUAUUGUACUGCUAUGUUUUACAGCAUUUCUCCUUUGUAAUAUGGAUCGCGUCAAUAUGAGCAUAGCAAUACUGCCGAUGUCUCAAGAGUUCAACUGGAACAGUGCAACAGUUGGCCUCAUUCAGUCCUCUUUUUUCUGGGGCUAUCUACUUACACAGAUUGUUGGUGGCAUUUGGGCAGACAAAGUUGGUGGGAAGCUAGUACUAGGUUUUGGAGUUAUAUGGUGGUCAAUUGCAACAGUUUUAACUCCUGUUGCUGCAAAACUUGGGCUGCCAUAUCUGCUUGUUAUGCGUGCCUUUAUGGGAAUCGGAGAGGGUGUUGCGAUGCCUGCAAUGAAUAAUAUACUUUCCAAGUGGAUUCCAGUAUCGGAGAGAAGCAGAUCACUUGCGCUAGUAUAUAGUGGAAUGUACCUUGGUUCUGUCACAGGCUUGGCAUUCUCGCCUUUUCUAAUUCACAAAUUCGGGUGGCCAUCUGUGUUUUACUCAUUUGGAUCACUUGGAAGUAUCUGGUUUGCAUUGUGGUCGAGAAAAGCAUAUAGCACGCCAAAAGAUGAUCCAGAUCUUGGGGCGGAAGAGAAAAGGCUCAUACUUGGAGGCAGCGUAUCAAAAGAACCUGUGACAGUUAUUCCUUGGAAAUUGAUUUUAUCGAAAGCACCUGUUUGGGCUUUAAUAAUCUCUCACUUCUGCCACAAUUGGGGAACAUUUAUUCUGUUAACCUGGAUGCCUACAUACUACAAUCAGGUUCUGAAGUUCAACCUCACGGAAUCGGGGCUCUUAUGUGUCCUUCCAUGGUUAACCAUGGCCAUUUUUGCAAAUAUAGGAGGUUGGAUUGCUGACACACUUGUGAGCAAAGGCCUUUCCAUAACAACUGUUCGAAAGAUCAUGCAAUCAAUAGGGUUUCUAGGUCCUGCAUUUUUUCUUACACAGUUAAGUCAUGUCAGAACACCCGCCAUGGCAGUACUGUGCAUGGCUUGCAGUCAGGGAUGUGACGCAUUCUCACAAUCUGGUCUAUAUUCCAAUCACCAAGACAUUGGACCACGCUAUGCUGGAGUUUUGCUGGGACUAUCGAAUACGGCAGGAGUGCUUGCCGGUGUCUUUGGUACAGCUGCUACUGGAUACAUACUCCAACGAGGUUCAUGGAACGAUGUAUUUAAAGUCUCUGUUGUAUUGUACUUAAUUGGCACGUUGGUCUGGAAUAUCUUUUCAACUGGUGAAAAAAUUCUCGACUGAAGAAUGUUAUGACAAUGUCAGGGAAGGUCUCUGCUACACUAUAGGCCAUAGAGAUUUUCAAAGAGAGAAAUGAAAGGUUGGAACAAAAAUCACAUGACCAAAUAUGUCAAGCUGUUUGAAGCAUAAAAGCACCAUGCCAAAAUAGAAGAGAGCCACUAUCAAUUUUUUUGAUCAUAUAGCUAGCUAGGCCUUAAUAUUCUUAUCAGAAAGAAAUCUUGGAUUAACAUUCCUUGUCCUAUGAUCUAAAUGCUUUCUGUAUAGAUAGUUUGUGGGUAGUUUCUGCCCUUAUAACUUCAUUCUAGCAUAUUUAUAUUUAUACGUAGAA